CUACUCACUACUCAUAUAAUAUAUAGACAAAAAUCAGUAAACAAAUGUCAAAAACUAUUUAAUAACCUUUACAAUUACUUGAUAAUAAAUAAAAAUAACUAGAAAAGUUAAGUUUUAUCAAUACAUAAGUUACUUAAUUGCGAAUUCUCUUUUCUAACAAAACUGAAACGGCCUGGAAGUUACGACUUAGUCGAUCUUGUUUACCAAAAUGACUUCACAGGCAUUAGCUUCUCUUACAGCAACUUACACGGACUCCGAAGGAGAGGAGGAUAUGGAAGAUGGCCAGCAGACACCAGAUAAAGAAGAACCUAGUAUCACACAAUCGCUACCCACAAGUCCAAAAAACGUAGACGAAACAAAACAAACGGCAUCAGCGCCUGUUUCUCCUAAAAGAAGACUUGUUUCAUAUGUCGAUGACACAAUUGUAUCUGACGAAGAACCCUUGUCACCAAGUACUGAAAAUCAAGAUGACAUGAGGAGACUGUCAAUGGAGACUGACACCGAUGAGGCCAUUCCUCGCUCAGAACCUGAGGACUCAGAAGAUGGCGUUCUUAUACCACCUGAGCCUCAGGGGAAAUGUCCAAAGGAAUUACAAGACACAAUAGCUAAAUUUUACAGCCGCAUGAUGACAGAAGGCCUAGACAUGAAUAAAAUUAUACAAGAUAAAAAGAACUUUAGAAAUCCUAGUAUAUAUGAAAAACUUAUACAGUUUUGUGAUAUAAAUGAGUUAGAUACUAACUAUCCCCCAGAAAUAUAUGAUCCUCUCAAGUGGGGUAAAGAAUCAUACUAUGAUGAACUUGCAAAAGUACAGAAAUUGGAAAUGGAGAAACGGGAGAAAGAGAAAAAAGAUAAAAUGUCAAAGUUCGAUUUCAUCUCUGGUGUAGCCAAGAAGUCGGACAGUGAUGAAGAUAAAAAACGAAAAUCAAAAUGGGAUCAAGCUGCACCAAAUGUUGCUAACAAACCAAGCAUCAAGCAACCAGGCCUACUCCAGCAACCACUCACCAGCAAUGUUACAGGGACUAAAGGCACAGUCAUUUCUGCAUUUGGAUCCAUUGCAAAAAAAGCAAAAAUAUGACCUAAAAUAAAAUGUUUCCAACCACAUUCUUAAAUUAAAUAAUUAUAAAUAAAACAA